AUGGCCGAGGAUCUGGAAUCAAGGCCGGUUGAAGAUGACCACCCGCAGAUGACAUCAACUGCCGAGGUUGAGCGCCUCAGGCACCAGCGUCCACGUCAAACCACGAAGUACUUCGAACUUGAAAAUGUCGAACAUCCGCUGCCCAAUAUUGGCUUUGCAAUGCUGGAAGACCUAGAUGAGCAUGUCGGUCUUGACACGCAGACUAUAUAA